UCAUGGCGUUCGUAGUACUAGCUGCGCUUGCCAUUUUAUUUACAUGUAUAUUAUUUAUUAUCCGACUAUAUAUUGUCGUGAAGACUGGUUCAAAUUAUCAACCUGGAGCCAAGGGUUCGAUCUCUGUUCUCGUCGUUGCGGGAUCAGGUGGGCACACCACAGAGAUCUUGCGGUUGAUGGAGUGCCUAUCUGCAGCCUACACACCUCGACAUUAUGUUAUUGCUGACACUGACAGGAUGAGUGAGGAGAAAAUCAGCACCUUUGAAAGCUCUAAAGAACACUCGGAGUCACAGUUCACCAUUUGCCGGAUCCCACGGAGUCGGGAGGUGCAUCAGUCUUGGGGUUCUUCUGUUAUCAGCACCCUGAAUGCCCUAUGCUACGCUCUUCCUCUAGUGUUCAGAAUCAGACCUGACAUGGUGCUGUGUAAUGGUCCAGGGACCUGCAUUCCUGUGUGUGUGGCAGGACUCAUGCUUGGAAUUCUUGGAUUGAAGAAAGUCCUGAUAGUUUAUGCUGAAAGUAUUUGCCGGGUGCAGACGCUGUCGCUCACAGGGAAGAUUCUGUACCCGAUAUCAGACUAUUUCUUUGUGCAGUGGUCCUCUCUGAGGGACAGUUACCCCAAAUCUAUUUUCCUUGGAAGAAUAGUUUGAAAACUUUUAUUACAGAUGAGCGCAAAAUACCCGCACAAUUAUACCACCCGGAUUCCAAAGUUACUUAUGCUGUGGGAUCUUGCAAACAAGUAUUUUCUGAGCUUUCAACAACUUUCUCAGUCUUUUGUUUGUUUCCCCAAACAAUUUGGGACAGGACCAAAUUGUUUGAAAGACAUUUGAAAGGUGUUACUGGCAUCAAAUCCAGAAUAAGCAUAUAUUUACAAAAAUCAAGGAAAUUGAGGAGGUAAAACAAUAAUAAUUUGUCUUCUAUACUGUUUUGAUAAAUUAUCAUAUCAGUAUGUAUGUUUUACAAAGUUUGCCAGCUUUUUAGAAACACAGUUUUAUGUUGCAAUGUUUGCAUUGAUGUUUGUGAAUAAAUACUUUUUAUUUCUAAAUGAUAA